UCAUUAGUAAAUAAGAGUAUUUUUCAAAUAGUUAUUAGGACUAGCCCAAUAAAAAAUGGGAGAAAGUCAAGAGGAGCCGAUCAUUUGUAUUCCAGGGCAAAGAUUGUGUGCUGCAGAUAAAACGAAUAUCGCAGGACAAGGUACUUACGAGCAGCUCGGUUAUGUCUACUCGAAAUUUGCAGGAACAGUCAAAGUGGUCAAAGAAAAAGAUACAUGUACAGUCGAAGUUCAUGGAAUGACAGAUCAGAGCAUUGUCCCUGCCCCAGGUGAUAUAGUCACCGCAAUGGUCACACUUGUUAAUCAGAGAUUAUGCAAAUGUAUAAUAAAGUGCAUUGGUGAUAUUGUAUUGAGUAGACCCUAUCGAGGGAUUGUUCGGAGGGAGGAUGUGAGAGCCACGGAAAAAGACAGGAUUGAAAUGUACAAGUCUUUCAGGCCUGGUGAUAUUAUUCUUGCAAGAGUGUUACCAAUGACAGAAGCACAUACGUAUCAACUCAGUACAGCUGAAAAUGAAUUGGGAGUUGUGAUAGCUCACAGUGAAGAAGGAGUAUCUAUGGUGCCAGUUAGUUGGACAGAAAUGCAGUGUCCAAAAACAUUGAUCAAAGAGCUAAGGAAAGUUGCUAAGGUUGUGCCUGAAGAAGUAAUUUUACAAAAUGAAUGAUCAUGAAAGUUAAGGAGAUAUUGACAGACGUGUAAAGUUUUUUUAAUACUUAUUAAAACAUUGUUUCCAGCUAUGGAAAAUUCUUCUCGGUACUUAAUAUUUUAAAGUUUAUCAUUUGUUGCUGUUGGUAUCAGGAAAAUCUAAAAUAUAACAUUUAUAACGUGUAUUGUUUUGUACCAAGAACAUUGUUGACAUGACGUAUAUGUACAUUA